AUGGCGGCUAAUUUUUCAGUAGAAGAAGUGGUCGAAAUAGUUGCAAGGGAGGAAGAAAUGGACGUUCAUGUCCAAGAAGAAGCGAGUGAAGAGGUCACUUUGACUGAAAGAAUUACAGAGUGCCUAAAGGAGGUUGGAGAUGCCAGCAUAGACGUCGACUUUUUUGUCGACGCUGGCAUGUCAAUGCUUGUCCCACUGUACGAUCUAAGUCGGCGAAGAGUUGCAGGUUUACCUGUAAAAGCCUCCCAGAUCCUUAACACCCAGAUUCAAGUGGGUACCAUCAUGAGGUCGGAGUCCAGGUUAUGGCUGGAGACCAUUAACAGACGUCUUGCCGGACGACGACGGGUAAGAAACCCAUUCCAAAGCGAAAUUGUC